GUCUGUAGGGGCGCCGUGGUCCUGGGGGGAACUGCACCCGGUGUGCUUCAGCCUGCCGCACGCAGCAGCAGAGAGAGCACAGGAGCAGUUCUCGGAAGGGGAAGGUGGCAACCUCAGUUGGCCAUUUGAGGGCGCGGGAAGGAUUUUUGUCUCCUCCUUUCCCCGCCAUCCUGGGACUGUAGGGCCGGACGCUGUUGCUUCCGGGACUUCGCCCUCCUGGGGAAAAAAAAACCCGGCAUGGAUGAAGGCAACUGCAGCUCUCCCACAGCAUCGUUGGGAAUCUGGGGGAGAUCUCCAUCUGGCUUGGAAAGUGGAUCCACUUCUCUUGGAGCCAGGGAGUCCCUGAGCUGAGUUUGGAGGCUCCAGGCUGCAGAGAAGAAAAGAAUAUUUUUUUGACUCAUCCAGCUCUCGCUUGGUUCGGGAUCAUCCUAAACUCCUGGCAGAGGAAGAGAAAUGGCUGUGGCGAAGAUGGCUCAAGUACCUGAAGCCUUGGAAGAGGUGACCGUGCACUCCAGUGAAGGGCCGUGUCUGCUUGCGGGCCGUCGCCAGAGAGCCUUGUGCAGGAACGCCAUGCAGGAGAACUGUACCUCUAUGGCCUCCUUCGGCGCAUUCCCUGCCCAAGGCUCCGAACUGCUCAGCCGGCUGGAUCGAGGGGAAGAUGCUUGGGUACCAGAUCUCCAGAGCUCUGAGGAGAGUGCAAACGAAGGCCCAGUGAAACCGACGCUGAAGCGAUGGCCGAAGGCAGGGAUGUGGUGGGAUCUGUACAGACGCCCGGUGAAAUACUCCAGUACAUCAGAAAGCUCAGAGGAUGAGCAGGAAAGUGAAGAUGAAGAAGAGAAGCGGCCACGUGGAGGUCACAAGCUGACGAUCCUUCGUAGGAGCGUACUGGACAUCUUCAAGGGGAAUGGGCCCCAGAGCGUGAAGCAAAUGGAAGCCAGCAAGAAUAGGCCCUGCCCGGACUGCGGCCAGGCCUUCAAGACAAAAGCAUCCCUCCUCAGUCACCAGAAAACUCAUUCUGGCGAGGGGCCCUAUAAAUGCUCUUUCUGUGGGGAAAGGUUCACAGCCAAAAAGGCCCUUGCCAGUCACCAGAGAGGCCAUGCGGAAAAAAGGGGUUAUAAACACCCCAGCUCAAGGAAACACCCAAAGGCCUACCUCCGAGAAAGGCCUUUUGAAUGCCCCGAGUGUGGGAAGCACUUCCAGCAGAAGGGCACCCUGACAGCGCACCUGAAUAGCCAUACAGCAGAGCGGCCCUAUAGAUGCCCCGAAUGUGAGAAAGCCUUCACCCGAAAAGAGCACCUUAACAGACACCGGAAAAGCCACGUGAGGGAGAAGGAUGGCAGACCUCCCAAGGGAGAGGACGAAGCGAGGGCAGCCAUUUCCCCUGAUGCUCCUGAGAAGAAACCUCCCGCAGCCUCUGUCUCUGAGGGAACUUUCUUAUCGGGCCUUGGCGCGGAUAGACAGCAGGGGACCCCCCCAAAUCUCUACAAGUGCCAGUUUUGUGGGAGAUGUACGCGGACCAAAAGUUUGCUCGUCGAUCACGAGAGAAUCCACAGGGAAGAGAUGCCUUACAAGUGUUCCCAGUGUCAGAAAAGCUUCCUUCAUAAAUACAGUUUUCUCCACCAUGUUGCGACCCACCAGAGGAAGGCAGCCUGUGAGCGCCCCGUGAGAAUGAGCGCCAAGUAUACCCCCUCUGCUUCCGGAAUCAUCCACACAGCAGAAAAUCCCUCUGCAGUCCUGACGGACGGGGGGGAAGUCACAAAUGUUUUUAACCUUUCCCAACGCCCAAGAACUCCAGGCAGGGAACGGGUCUAUAAAUGCCAGUACUGUGGGAAAUGCUUGAGUGGAAGUGGUCCGCUCACCAACCACGAGAAACUCCACAGAAGAGGUUUCUCUCGAAAGGACAGCCUUCUCCAACACAAGGCAACCCACAAAAAACCUGUAGGAAGGCCCAGGUUGAAGAGGAGCCGCUCCGUGCCUGAAAGAAUCCACACAGAACUGAAGCCCCAUACGGAUCCGAGGGACUGCAUUGUCACUCGCAGCGUGGCUCGUAGCUUAAGCUUUUCCAAGCACCUAAAAACCUACACGGAGGGCAAAGUCUACAAAUGCCAGUACUGCGGGGAGCACAAAAGAACAAAACGUUUGCUCGUCAACCAUGAGAGAAUCCACAGGAGAAACAAGAAGACUUUCCAAUGUUUGGAGUGUGGGAAAAGCUUCUAUCAGAAGAACUACCUUGCUUCCCACCAGAGAGGCCAUGUGAGGAAAAAGCUCUCCGAACGCUCAAACGCUGACCAAAAAACGACCACAGGCAAUCCCCGCUCCCUGAAGCGUGGGAAUCCUCACAGAAGGAAAACACCGUGGCUAUGCUUUAAAUGUGGGAAACGCUUUGAUUGCAAAUACAACCUCACCAGGCAUCAAAAGACCCACUUGGCUGAAAAGCCCUUCAGAUGUGUGUGUGGGAGAGGGUUCGUUGAGAUGUGGCACCUGAAGAGACAUGAGAAAACCCAGCAGAACAAGAAAUGCCAUAGAAAGCUCCUUGGGGCUGAGGGAAAACGUGUCAUUUUGAAUUCUGCAAAUGGCGUCCACCCUGAGGAGAAGAAUCGGGAAGAGCUACCCGUAAACAUUGAACCACUGACAGCAUCGAACACCGUAGAAAGAAACGUUUUACAGGACACUGAAGAAGAAAACACACACUCUCUGGUGGCCAUAGCAGAAGCUUCUGAGGUGGAAAUUCUGGAAGUUUCUGAGCAGGGAGGAACCCAUGUUCAGGUGCAAGUGGAGUUAUCUGAACAAUCCCAACGAAACUCCUUACAGAACUGCAGAGAAGGGAACGUCUCUGUCAGCCAGCCAGUGGAGUCUGAGAGAAAGCUAUCGGGGAAAGACCGUGUUAUGCAAGACGACCACAGCAAAGGUCAGCAGGUUCAUCAAAGACACUGUUGCAAAAGGGCCCGUCUCCAGAGUAACAAGCAGGAAAAAGCCUGCUUCAGGUGGCAAUUGAGAUCACAGGCCAUGAUAUUAAGGAGGAGAUGUAAGCAAAAGACGCAGCUAGUAGGUAAGCAGGCUAGAUCCUGCUUCUCUCAGCAGGAAGGGCCAGAGAUGAUGCCAAGAAGGAAAACCAGCCUCCUGCAGGCCUGCAAGAAGGUUAAAACCUGCAGUGGCCCUAAAAGGAACCUACACAAAGCUGCUUCCCCCAAAGGCAACUCAGACUCUGAGAGUUGCACGGCAGGAAAAUGCGAUGCCAUUGCCAUCGGUGGGCAAGAAGACCUGGAGGAGUUGCCACCGGUGCCCGAAAGAAGCCCUUUACAGAGUUGCGAAAGAGGACAAGAAGACCUGGAGGAAUUGCCACCGGUGCCCGAAAGAAGCCCUUUACAGAGUUGCGAAAGAGGACAAGAAGACCUGGAGGAGUUGCCACCGGUGCCCGAAAGAAGCCCUUUACAGAGUUGCGAAAGAGGACAAGAAGACCUGGAGGAAUUGCCACCGGUGCCCGAAAGAAGCCCUUUACAGAGUUGCGAAAGAGGACAAGAAGACCUGGAGGAGUUGCCACCGGUGCCCGAAAGAAGCCCUUUACAGAGUUGCGAAAGUGGACAAGAAGACCUGGAGGAAUUGCCACCGGUGCCCGAAAGAAGCCCUUUGCAGAGUUGCGAAAGUGGACAAGAAGACCUGGAGGAAUUGCCACCGGUGCCUGAAAGAAGCCCUUUACAGAGUUGCGAAAGAGGACAAGAAGACCUGGAGGAGUUGCCACCGGUGCCCGAAAGAAGCCCUUUGCAGAGCUGCGAAAGAGGACAAGAAGACCUGGAGGAAUUGCCACCGGUGCCUGAAAGAAGCCCUUUGCAGAGCUGCGAAAGAGCCCAACCUAUAGAUGAACUCCAGAAUGUGUCUCUUCAGAACAUGGAGAUGAUGCCAACAUGGAAACCCAGCUCCCCAGGGGCCUGUAAGCAAGUGGAAACUUGCAGCGGCCCUCAAAGGAACCUACACACAGCUGCUUCCUCCAGUUUGCUCAGAGGUUCCCCAAAGGGCUGUGAACCAGGAGAAGGGAGCUUCUGCCUGCCAUCCCAGACAAUGUUCUCCACAAAAUCCAAACCAGGGACCGUCGAAAGUGCUGCACUAGAGAUGUUGGCCACUGCUGCAUUGACGAGGGGGCCAAAGGAAGUGCUGGAAAGGGAAUCCAAAGGCAACUCGAAAACUGGGAGUUGCAUGGCAGGGAAAGAUGAUGCUGUUGCCAUUGGUGGACAAGAAGACCUGCAGCCGUUGCCACCAAUGCCUGAAAGAAGCCCUCCGCAGAGCUGCGAAAGAGCCCAAGCUGCAAAUGAACUCCAGAAUCAACAUCGGCAGCCCAAAGUGCAGCUGACAUUGUUGGGAGAAGCAGGAAAUACAUGUCCGCAGAGCUGCAAGAAGGAAAGAGGCUCUGCUGAGCCACAGGCCGCGAUGGCAGCAGGACCCCAAAGCCCAGCUCCUCGGGGCAAGGGUGUUCCCAGUGAGUGGAAAUCAGAAGAAGCAGAGCUGAAAUAUGAGUGCAGCUGCUGUCACAAGUUCUUCGCGAGCCAAGCCUAUCUGGCGAGACACGAGUGCAGGCGCUUUCUGUGCACCCACUGCGGGAAAGGUUUCCUUGCUGAACAUACCCUGAACGUCCACACGCGAAUCCACACGGGGGAGAAGCCGUUCAAAUGCCCCGAGUGCGACUUUCGCUGCAAUGUGAGCUCCAACCUCAACAGGCACAGGAGAACCCACAGGUGGGAGAGGCCCCAACUUUGCCCUCUGUGCGGGAAGCGCUUCUGGUUCAGCCACAGCCUUGCUGUGCACCAGCAAAUGCACAGCGGGAAGGAGCCGUACGCCUGCGCCGACUGCGGGCAGGUAUUCCUGCGCAAGAACUUGCUCAGUGUGCACAGGAGGUACAAGCACCAGUCGGAAGCUGUGGAACUGGGCUGUUCGGUUUGAGGGGCAGCCCUCUCACUUCCACCGGAGAGGUCAGCUCCGAGGGCACAUGUUUGGCGCAACAGACCAACCUAAGCCGAAGCUGCAAUCGGCACACUUGUGCGCCGUAACUUUGGCUGCUGUGUUGAUCGUGCUCCCAAGCAAACUUGUGACAGCCACAUCCUGACUCAGAACUAUGCUAGCUUUGUCCCUUCUUGCAUCUCUCCCAGUUG